AUGGACACACAAUGGAAUGAUGUUCUUAGAGAGAAAGGAAUUAUUCCACCUAAAAAGGAUGUUGAAAUGACAGAAGAAGAUAUAGUCAACAUGGUUGAAAACACAAUACAGCAAAAAAGUCAAAAGAAAGGCUACAGUGAUAUGAAUAUAGAUGAACUAAAUGAAAAUGAAGAUGACAUUGAUGAAGAUGAUGAAAGAAUGUUUGAAGAGUAUAGACGACAAAGACUUGCUGAAUUAAAAGCUACACAAAAGAAGGCAAUUUUUGGUGAUGUUCGAGAAAUCAGUCGUGAUGAAUAUGUUGACCAGGUAAAUAAGGCCGGAGAAAAUAUAUGGGUUGUUCUUCUUGUUUAUAAACAAUCGAUACCAUUAUGCAAAUUAAUAGAGCAGUACUUUCAUGAACUUUCUCGCAAAUUCCCCGCUACUAAGUUUUUAAAAAGUAUCUCAAGUGUCUGCAUACCGAACUAUCCUGACAAAAAUCUGCCAACGAUAUUUAUUUAUCAAAAUGGGGAGCUGAAACAACAAUUUGUUGGACCUCUUGUUUUUGGUGGCAUGAAAUUAACAAAAGAUGAAUUGGAAUGGAUGCUGUCUGACGCUGGUGCCAUAAAAACUGAUCUCGAAGAACGGCCAAGAAAGGAAACACAUGAUGUUUUGACAUCCUCGCUAAAGUCUACAAAUUAUGACGACGAUGACGAUGAUUAA